UCCACGUGCUGCUUGGAAGAAGGCGCCGAGCACGAAUUCCCGGGAGGCGCCUCCUUGCUGCCCCUCCGCUCGCAUGUCUUUGCCGACCUCGGCCGUGAAGUUCCGCAGGAUCUUGGCUCACUUCCCUCAAGAGCUCAGCUUAGCCUUCGCUUAUGGCUCUGGGGUCUUCCAACAAGCGGGGUCUUCUACCGCUGCAACGGAGAACAAUAUGCUGGAUUUUGUAUUUGCAGUUGAUGAUUCUACAACAUGGCAUGCAAUGAACCUGUCAAAAAACCGGAGUCAUUAUUCCUGCCUAAAAUAUUUUGGAACCAGGUCAAUAUGCAACAUCCAAAACUAUGGAGCAGGGAUUUACUACAAUACAUUGGUGCCUUGUAAUGGUAGGGUUAUAAAAUAUGGUGUCAUAAGUACUGAUGCUUUAAUUGAAGAUUUGCUGCGAUGGAAGACACUCUAUGUAGCUGGACGUCUACAAAAGCCGGUGAAAAUUCUGGCUCAGAAUGAGAAUGUUAAGCUGCAAGAGGCUCUGACCAGUAAUUUGAAGAGUGCUGUCACGGCAGCCUUUCUCAUGUUGCCUGAAAGUUUCUCUGAAGAAGAUCUUUAUAUGAAGAUUGCUGGAUUGUCAUAUUGUGGCGAUUUCAGAAUGCUCAUUGGAGAAGAUAAAUCAAAGGUUAUGAACAUAGUGAAACCAAACAUGAUACAUUUUCAGAAGCUCUAUAGCCACAUUUUGCAAGAUAGCCCUCAAGUGAUAUACAAGCAUCAGCUGGGCAAGUUAGAGAUAGAUAAAAGUCCAGAAGGUCAGUUUGCACAACUGAUGGCUUUACCGAGCACCCUGCAGCAAAAAAUAACUUCUCUCAAGGAUUCUCCAGGGAAGAACAGAGAUGUGGAAGAAAUUUUAUUACAAGUCGCCCAUGACCCUGACUGUAGAUUUGUGGUACACCAAGGUAUUUCAAGAAUUGUGGGAUUGUCCAGCCUAAUUCAGAGUGCUAAAACUACCCUAACAGCUGGGAUGAAAAAGUCAUUGAUCUACAGCAUGAAGAAGAUGUACAAAAUGUCAAAGGGAUGGUUCAGAAAAUCAUGACAUCUAUGAAGUUAAAGUUUUGAAAAAUCUGAUCUUCUCAUGAAUAAAUGGUAUUCUAGUUUAUUUUUUGCAUCACUUUGGAAGACACAGCAUCUUGUUCAGUUUGGAGAAACUUUGUUGUAUUAUUUAUUUUCAGACAACUUUUCAGAGAAGAUAACAGAUUAAGGUGAAAUCUGUUUUUUACCUGCUUUCUUUACCUGUUUUCUUUGAAGACUAUUUGGAAUGAUUUCCCCCUAUGCUUGUUAGCAUUUUUCUAACUUUUCCACAGUCGGCUAACUUUACACGUGUUAUAUAUGUAAUAUCUUCGAAACGUCCCUGUUUCCUAAGCUUUAUAUUUUUGAGGUAUUUUUUAAAUCACAUUUGGGUUAAGAGUUCUGUUACCCUUCUGUUUUUGCAUCAUUCACUUUACCAAGAACUUAUAAUGGUCUUGUCCUAUAUCUUAAGAAACACUGAAUAGCAAUGGGUUAAAUUCUUUUGCUUGUGGCACACCUACUGUGUAGAGCUACAUAUCAAGUAACUUUGAGAAAGGUCAGACAUGCGCUUUCCAGGCACAGUUGACAUUACAGCCAAAUAUUGGUGAGCAGGUCAUAUUUCAAAACAAGGUCUGGUUAUUGUUGAGUUCCUGGGAUUAAUAAUAGGUGUAUAUAUUUAUAAUGAAAGUGUUCUGCUACACUGCCAAUUCACAAAAUGCUUAAUGUCAGACUGUACAAUCUUCAGGUAGCUCAAUAAUACCUAACAUAAAAUCAAACAAUAUUUUCCAUCAUGAUUUAGAUUGCUUUUCUUCCUUAACACCCAAAGCAAUGAACUUCAACUACUGGAUCAUAAAGAAAAGCUGCUGAAUUGGUUUUUUAAAAUAUAAAGCAUUGGACUAGGUGUAAGGAAUAAGUUUUUAUCCUGCCUUUAACAUUUUCUCUCUUAACUUGAAGAAGAAGGCAAGGGCAAAGCACUUCCAAAAACACGUUGUCAGGAAAAUUGCAGAGACUAGUGCAUGUUAUUAUUAGGAGUUGAGACAAACUCAACGGUACAAAAGGGGGGGAAGAACAAGGUGAAGAUAUGUAACUAUCAUUUUAUUAAAAGAGGGAUUUGGGUUAUGAAAUUGAUCCUCAAUACAUCUUCUAAAGUGAGCAUAUUGUAAUGAUUUGGGGUGAAAGAGAUGUGGGGGAGUAUUUAUUAACUUCUCCCUGCUCCAUUCUCUCCUUCCUUGGGAAAGCUCUUUGCAUAGUACUAUUUUGUUUGUACACUGACCAGAGUCCCUCUGUGAGGGAGAUCCACAGUUUCUAAAUGUGAUAAAUAAAUAAAAUUGUUAAAUCACGGAAUGUGAUCAGCUAUGGAAUUUGACUCAAAAGGGGAAAAUGAUAUAAAUUAUGUGGAGGAUAAACGUUGUUUCCAGCAGUAGAGACAUUCUUGGGAAAUACGAGGAAGAAAUUAUAGGAACAUAGUGAAACAGAGCUACGGAAAUAAAAAAGGAUAUUUUUUUUAAAGAAUUGCAGUUUUCUAUUUUAGGCAUUGGUUUCAGCCAAGGUAGUUGGUAAUCAGGAAUGUUGAGAACUGAAUUAGAAAAAGUCUGAAAAGCCCAAGAUAUAAUUUGUAAGGCUGCCCAGAAUCACCUUACUGGUGAGAGAGGCGGCAUAUAAAUAUAGUAAAUAUAAAUAAAUAAAUCUUCCAACCCAUUCUCUAGUGCAACUCAAUUUUAAGUUGAGUUUAAGUUAAGUUUAAGUAUUAAGAGAAAUUAUAAGCCACAAUCGCAGAAAUGAAUGUUUUAGAAAUAUUUGACAAUAGAAACAGGCAUAUCUGUGUGUAUGUGUAACACUUGUCACAGAUACAGAGUUUCACAACAUUUUCAUAUUAUGACUUCAUCAAUUACAGAAGCUAAUUGCUGAUUAGUUUAAAAUCAUGAAAAUGAUGGUUUCUCAAAAGUUUUUCAACUACAAAUGUCCAGUAGUAUCAUAUGCCCCAAGGGCUAAUUUUAAGGAAUAGUUAAUACUAAAUAUCUGUAUGGAAGAGUUCAUAAAAAUGAGAUACACACUGAGCAAUUUCUCUACUAAAGUUUUCUAAUGUCAUUUAAGAAGCUGUGGUAACUAUCCUGGCAGGAUGCGUGAAUAUUGCAUGCUAAGCAAUGCAAUAGGUGUAGCCCCUGAGAACUCCUUUGAAUAAUCUUUUUUUAAAAAUGUAAGACAUAGACCAUGCCACAGAUUUCAGUCAAAUGGCAGAUGAUACUGGUAGCAACACAACCAGCCUUGAAACACGAAUAUGUGAGUUAUGUUUAAAGGGUGGGUUAAUUUAGUUAUGGGUGACCCUCAAAUAUUAAUUUGGGAAAAGGCUGCUGCACUAAAACUGAAUAGCUGCUAUUAAGUUGAAUAGUCUUGACUGAGUUAGAGAAAUAGUAUCAUUUACUACAAAAUAGCUUCCUCUUGCGUGAAUUAGUUAUCUAUAUUAAGGGGCAGAGUCUGUGUAAAGCCAAUAUGAAAACUGUAUGCUAAUAAAUGUUUUCUUUUCCCGACACAAUGAGAGGCAAUUUAAAUCUAAAUGUUUAAGGAAGAAAGCAGCCUGUACUUGACCCCUCUCAGGAAGGCAAUGAAAGGGAUAGAAGAUGUGAAAGGUUACACAGUUGGAAAUGGAAUCCAUAUGAUGAACUAGCUGGAACUGCUUAUUCCCUUAACUAGAGUUUAAUAAUUUUUAAUUGAAAAUGCAACUAAAAUGACUGGAAUGGGCUUAUCUUUUUUUUCUGCACAUUUAUUUAUUUUUAAAUAAUAAAUAAAUGUGCAUGUAAAUAAAAACAUUUCUAUGGUUAUAUUUUAUUUAAAAGAUAUUUAACAAUAAAACAUUGAUGAGAUAUUUUGCAGAUUUGCAGGUCAGCAUCUAACAUGAUGGUUGUAGUGACAUGGGUUAGAGUGCCUAUGUCUAGUAAGAGCUGGGGCUUCCAAAGAAGCUGAAGUUAAUGAAAGACAUGUAGCAUUCUGUGAAAGGGCUGAUUUUUUUGUGAAAAAUCAGUGUUGUAUAUCAACUGGUUGUGCUGUUGUCAAGAAAAUGGGCGUUGGUACCUACCUGAUACGCCUCUUCUCUGACUGUUGGGCACGGCAGUCAGGAUGGGUGGAGACUAGGUUGAGCUUGAUUGGACCGGGUCUGCAGAUUGAAAGAAGUCCCUCCUCCUGGCUGUAGCUGUCAGUUUUGAGACGAGGGAGUAGCUGCAGAAGACGUGUCUAGGACGAUAAAGAAGAACAUUAGGAUCCCCGCCCCUCCCUGAGGUAGACUAUGCCAGGGCCGGCCCCAUGUAGGGUGGGGCUGACUGCCGUGCCCGACAGUCAGAGAAGAGGCGUAUCAGGUAGGUACCAACACCCAUUCUCCUGUAGUCGGGCACGGCAGUCAGGAUGGGACAUACCAAAGCCAGGUGUCCAUUCGGGAGGGAGCCGGCCGGCCCGGAACUAGGAGGCAGCUUGGACCUGCUGAAGAACCCGUCGACCAAAUGCUGCAUCCGCCGAAGCGAAUUUGUCCAAGUGGUAGUGGCGGAUAAAUGGGGUCGGGGAGGCCCAAGUUGCCGCCCGACAGAUCUAGUCAAUGGAAGCCCGGGUGGACCAAGCCGCCGAAGUGGCCGCGCUCCGAGUGGAAUGAGCGGUGACGUUGCGUGGGACUGGAAGGGAGCGAACCUCAUAGGCAGUUGAAAUGCAGGCUCUAAUCCAACGACCCAGCGUGGUUGAAGAAAUCUUCGAUCCCAAAGACGCCGGCAGGAAAGACACAAACAAUGCAUCGGAACGCCUGAAAGAUGCUGUACGAGAUAUAUACACCUUAAUGGCCCGACGGACAUCGAGGGUGUGCCAACGUCUUUCCAGGGGAUGGCAAGGGGAAGGGCAGAAAUUUGGGAGCACCACCUCUUGUGCUCGGUGAAAAAUGGAAUUAACCUUCGGGAUGAAGGAGGGGUCUAGUCUCAGCACCACCCUAUCCUGGUGAAAUAGGCAUAGCUCUUUACGAAUGGAGAGGGCCGCCAUCUCCGAAAUUCGUCGGGCGGAGGUAACCGCUACUAGGAAGGCCACCUUAAAGGAAAGAUGCCUGAGGGAAACCUCACGAAGUGGUUCGAAAGGAAGACCAGUGAGCGUCACCAGAACCGUUGGUAAGUCCCAGGAAGGGUAUCUGUGAACUGUAGGUGGCCUAAUGUUGGAGGCUCCACGUAGAAACUGACGAAUGAGUGGAUUCUUGGAGAUAGGUUCCGUCGAGGAGCCAGAUAAGACGGUAGAAAGAGCUGCCACCUGGCACCGUAACGUAUUGGGUGAUAGACCAGAAACAAAACCGUCUUGGAGGAACUCUAUAACCAGCGUGACAGAGGCAGAUGAAGGUGGCUGGUGGUGUCUGCUACACCACAACGAAAAGGCCUUCCAGGUAGCUUCAUAAAUACGGGCAGUUGAAGCCCGCCAAGAUGCCUGAAUCGUGGAUAUGGCCCCCGUGGAGAGAGGAAGAUUGGUUAGGAGGCUCCGCUCAAUCUCCACGCGGCGAGCUGGAACCAGUGUGGAUCCGGGUGUUCUAGUUGCCCUUGAACCAGGGCCAUUUGACCGUCCGGAAUUCGCCACGGGGCCUGCACCGAGAGAGACUUGAGGUCGGCGAACCAGGGGCGUCGAUUCCAGAAGGGAGCAAUCAGUAUUACCUCUGCCCGCUCCAGUAGUAGCUUCCACAACACUCUGGGUAUGAGAUUGACCGGAGGAAAGGCGUACAACAGUUGAUUGGACGGCCAAGGAGUCCGCAGAGCGUCUACCGCUUCCGCUCCCGGACACGGAAACCUGGUAAAGAAGCGCGGGAGUUGGUGAUUGGUCGCGCUGGCGAAAAGGUCCACCGUUGGUUGACCGAAGCGGUGGGUCACCUCUUGAAAUAGCUGGGGAGGGAGCGACCACUCCGUGUUGUCCAUUGUCGACCGACUGAGCGCGUCGGCCGUCCGGUUCUGGGCCCCCGAGAUGUGCGCUGCCCGUAAAGAGGCCAAGUGUCUUUCCGCCCAGAAACCUAGGCGUUGAGCUUCCCGCAUCAGGGCCUUGGAACGGGUCCCCCCGAGUCUGUUUACAUGCGCUUUGGCAGUUACAUUGUCCGUUAGAACAAGGACAUCUCGGUGGAGGACGAGAUUUCGGAAGGCCUUUAACGCGAGGAAGAUAGCCCGAAGUUCGAGCACAUUGAUAUUCAUCUGUUGUUCCUGGAGGGACCAAAGCCCCUGUGCCAGGUUUGGGUCCAAGUGAGCACCCCAGCCGGACAAACUGGCAUCCGUCGUGAGAAGAAGGGGCUGAGGUUCCUGAAAUCUGGUGCCUUUGAGAAUUGCCUCCGAAGUCCACCAGGAGAGAGAGUGGAGCACAGGAUGAGGCAGAACCAAACUUGUGGCCGAUGUGUCCCUAUGCGAGCGUUGAAAUGGAAGUAGUAGCCAUUGUAAAUCCCGGCAGUGCAAACGAGCCCAAGGGACAAUACCCAAGGUCGAGAUCAUUUUACCAAGGAGGCGAGAUAAUGAAAGGAUGGAAGAUGACCUCUGUCCGCGUAUACGGACCACCAGGUUCCUCAGGUUUUCAAUUCGGUCAGGUGAUAGAGAAACCUCUGAUGACAGAGUAUCAAUCACCGCCCCCAGGUGCUGAAUGCGGGUGGCAGGCAUUAAGUGGCUUUUAUCCCAAUUAAUGGAAAACCCAUGCUCCUGGAGGAUCUGCAGGGUGGUAUUUAUAUCUGACUGCGCUUGCUGCCGUGAUUGGGAUAAAAUGAGAACAUCAUCUAAAUAGAAGGAAAUUCUAAUCGGGAUGGAUGAGAUGUAGCCCAUAAGGGCCGCCAUUAUUUUAGUAAAGGCUCUAGGGGCCGAGGACAAACCAAAUGGGAGGGCCCUGUACUGAUAAUGUUUAUUAUUAUAACAGAAGCGGAGAAACUUACGAUGAUCGGGGAGGAUGGGAACGUGGAGGUAAGCUUCUGUUAAGUCUAUAGAAGACAAAAAAAUCGCCUUCUCGUAUACCAAGUAAAAUAGUUUGCAGGGAAUGCAUCUUGAACAUGCAGUAUGUUAUGUACCGGUUCAAUGAUUUCAAAUCAAGGAUUGGACGCCAGCCUCCAGAAGCUUUUUGCACCAGAAAAAGGCAGGAAUAAAAGCCUUGGCCCCAUUCGUUAGAAGGGACCGGCUGAAUGGCCCGAAUAGAUAAUAAGUGGUGGAUGGCAGCUUCCACCUGGGCCCUUUUAAGGUUAUUAAGGGAGACUGGACAACGUAAAAAUCUGCUAGGGGGAUUGGAAACAAAUUCUAGUGAAAGACCAAAUUUAAUAGUAUUCUUUACCCAAACAUCGGUCACCGAGGUCUCCCAUGAAGGGAAGAAAAGAGCCAAACAGCCACCAAGCCAUGAAGGCCCGAGACCCUUAACUGACCCUUCGGAAGGGGCGCCCCCUACCUCCACCGGGAGCCUUCCUGGGGGGAAAUCUAGAUCCCUGUCUGACCUGGUUAUCUUGAUUGAAGGUUCCUCUUUGCUGGUAGGAACGAUGAGACCUCUGUUGAUAAUAGCCUGAGUCGGAGCCACGAAAGGACUGAGGCCGAAAGGAUCCAGAUGAACGGUUAUCCGAUCGAUGAGACAUUGCAGGUAAAAUCUUCCGGUGGUCCCUGGUCUCGAUAAGAAGGGGUUCCAGGGAAGCCCCAAAGAGCUUAUCGCCCACGAAUGGAGAUGAAGCCAGGCGCCACUUGCUGCGAACGUCAGCUUGCCAGGAUCUUAACCAGAGUAACUGACGAGCGGUAACUGCAGAACCAAUGGCCUUGGCGGAAAAUCUAGCGGCAUUCAAGGUGGAGUCAGCCGAAAAUUCCACCGCAGCCAAUAUUUUGUUAAUAUCCUGAUGCGCUCAAACAUCCGACGGAGAAAUGCGGCCCUGCAGUUGCUUUAACCAAAGAAUUGACGCUCGGUUAAAGAAGGAUGCUGCUGACGUCGCCUGGACUGACCAGGCCGCCGCCUGGUGGCCCUUAAUAAGAGUCCGCUCAGCCCUACGUUCUUCUGGGCGAAGAGAUUCCUCUGCCGGUCCUGAAAAUGGAGAGGACGAGGAUAGAGCCGCCACUGGGGCAUCCACAACUGGGAUCUGCAAGAGAGAAGCAUAAUCCGCCGCCAAAUUAUACAAACGUCUAUCCAAACUAUUCGGAAUUGGGCCAGUACUGGGAUUUUUCCAUUGCCUUUGCAACACAUCUGCAAAAAGUUUAGGGGCUGGAACAAUUUCCGUUUGUACCGUAGGUUCCUCAAAUAGAGCAGAAGAAGUAACCGGCGCCUCUGUCUGAGGCUGAGAUUUAGUAACUGGAAGGCCCAACCCCGUUGUAAUCUGGGCUUUAUGCAAUAAUGAGCAAAACAUCUGAGGGAGGAACAGGCCCACAAAGGAGGGUUGGUCGGGCUCUAGUCCCUCAUCCUCAGACAAAUCUUGAUCAAUAAUGGCCUGUUCCUCGUCCCCUGAAAGGGAUCCCUGACUGUUUCUAGAUGGGGAAACAGCUCGUUCUGGAUUGUGAGAUGAAGCCUGCAAGGGCUGAGAAGUGACUGAAGGGACAUGGUGACUCAAAUAAUCCGAAACCUUGGAGGAUGCCCUUUCCUGUAAUCCCUGAGCAAUGCCCUGUUUAAUAGACUCAGCGAUCAAUUGGGCUAAGGCUGGAGUAAGCUCUAGAUUAUGGCCUUGAGGCGCUGGAGUCACAGUAUCCCUGGAAGUCUGGGGAGCCACAUCUGCUUGCUGGAUUGGUUGUGGAUUGCUGAAAGGAGAAACCCCAGAUGAGAAAACCACUGCUGUGUCAGGAGCAAUAAAAUCCUCCGUAACAGAAAUAUCAGGUGACAGGUUAGGCACCAAGAUGGAUGAGGAAUUGGCCUCCACAUGAAUGGACUCCACUGAAGGAGCCAGGACAGUUGAGGGGCCAGGUUGCACCUUGGAUGAGGAUGCUGCUUUAUUACAGGCCCUUUCUAUGGCCUUGUGUCAUCUCUCCUCAUCCCUAGACAUAUGGGCCUCCUGGAAAGUUUGGAUUCUAGGUUUUUUGGAAUGAUUGCCAGAGGAAGACUCCCCUGUUAGGCUUCUCUGCUUGUGGGAGCGUUUUCCUGCUUUGGAAUUAUCAUGAUCCCUGGUGUCCGCCAUCUUAGAAGGGCUAUAAAAUGGCUGCUAAGGAGUAUAAAACAGAAAGGGGCCCACUGUUGGCCUGCGAGGGCGUAACUCACUGCGUUUUAUGAGAGGCCUUGAAGCUGGCCAAAAUGAGGCUCGCGAGUGUUUGCCAGCCGGUCGAAGCACUGUCAAUAUGAGGCGUUGAUUUUCCGCGCGCUGAGAAGCCGCUAAUUGAAGCCCCUGGUCUGCACGGCAAGAAGGAGGCCAAGCCGAUCCACGUGGGCUUCUCCGGAAAAGCGCCAGCCAGCCGGCAUGGACGCUUUAAUAAAUGAAGCGCAGAGGGCGAGCAGCAGCCGCCGCCAAUCUAAUCGCCAUCCAAUCGCUCCCUCAGCGCCGCCAGAGCCUGCAAGGCCGCACGCGACGGAGCGAACUCGUGCGUGUGGGCGAAGAUCACCAGCCGGCAAUCUAACCGCCGAGCGGUCUUCAGCAGAGCGGAAAACAAGCUCUCUCGCUGGAACGGGCUGCCAGUCAAACUGCAAUUUAAAGAAGCUUUUUUUUUUUUUUUUUAAGUCGAAGAGCUGUCUCUAGACACGACUGGUCCUAACUCGACCGAGUCGAAAAACUGACAGCUACAGCCAGGAGGAGGGACUUCUUUCAAUCUGCAGACCCGGUCCAAUCAAGCUCAACCUAGUCUCCACCCAUCCUGACUACCGUGCCCGACUACAGGAGAAAAUAAGCUUCCUGCCCUGUUCCCAACUUUGAAUGGUUGACCAGUGGAUACAAAUGAUACACAACAAAUAAAAACCCAUUCAUAUUUUUUCAUUACUCAUAGCAUUCUUCACAUAGCAAAUGGGGUACACUGUAAGAUAAAUACCUAUCUGUGGCCUCGUUAUUUUUUUUUGUCCAGAAAGAAUGGAAUCAUUUUAUAAAAUCUGUGAUCCUCAUUACAUGUGGAUGAACUAAAAAUCAUCCCAAUUUAGCAUUAAAGGAACUGAGAAAUUAAGAAUUGUAAAGAUUUUCUUGUGUCCCAGGUGACCAGUGCAAUUUCAGUACCAAAUGUAAGACAGAAAUGACAUUGGAUAGCAUGGUGGGUUCUGCAACAGAUUAAUACUGUAGUUAUUCCAAUGAUAUGAAUUGAAGGACUGCAUCAUUAAGCUCUAGCAUUAUUUUAUUGGGAAGAUUGUAGGAAAGGGUUUUUUAAAAAGAACUUUAGAAGAUGCAGAACUUCCCCUGUGAAUGAAAGCUAGAGUCAGUUGAUUAUCAAUUACUUGCUUUUUUAAAAGACCUUUUGAAUUCUUGUAUAUGUAUUCAGUGUAGAUAGUUAUUUCAAUUUGAAUAUUUGUUCCAAAACUUUCAAGCCAACUUUUUAUUAGAAUGUGUGCUAAUAUGCAGAUUCAGAGGCUAGCAUCAUUUCCUUCUCCCUGCUUUGACUAAUUUGACCUAGUAUACCUUGGCACUUGACUGCUUCUUGUCCUGGUGGUUGUCUUUCUCUCAGUAGUUGACAUGCAAGGAAGAACUUGCUGAUGUCGGCUGCCUUGUGACUAUUUCUUCUGGCUGAAAUAAUGGGUCACGUGAAUAAGUCACAUGAUGUUCUUGUGACUUACCCCAUUUUUGAACCCUGAAAUUAGCCUUAUUUUUGGGGAGGUCUUAUUAUUUUGGGCUGCAUGGAGCAAGAUGGGGUUCCUCUUGCUGUCCUACCUGAUUUCCAGCUCUGUCUCCCUAACCCUAACCAGAGGACGUGGUGGGGACCAGCUUUGCAUGUGUUUAAAUAUUUUUGGGGAGGGCUUAUUUUAGCACAUGUGCUCAAAAGCCUGAUUGGGCUUAUUAUCAGGGGAUGUCUUAUUUUUGAAGAAACAGGGUAUUUGUUUGAAUGUUUAAUGUUACAGGAAUUGUGCACGAAAUAAAAAAUAUUAAUUUUAUUUCAAACCUUGCACAAGCAAUUGUAUCUUCAAUUGACUUCAAUUUGAUAAAAACAACAAAUUGUGUUAGUUGUAGGAUUCAGAGAAAGUCUAAAGGGCAAGGGAUGGGAGGGGAUAUCAAAAAUGUGUGUGAAACCCCACCUCCUUUUUAGGUAUAAUGGUGCUGGGGAAAUCGUGAAGUAUCUUUUACAGAAUGAAUAGAUUCCAACACAACAUACUCUGUCUGUUUGCCCCCAAAUAUUGCCAGUUCUUUCCUCUCCCUGCCUCGUAUCAGGAAGAGAUGCCUUUACCCUCAUGUAGAAGAAACAAUCCUGGGAACACGUGGGCAUGGACAACAUGAAACCAGCUGUUCCAUGUCCAGAGCAAAUUUUGUAUGGAAUGGUUUGCACAUUCCUACAGCUUACAUAUUCAAUUGGAAAUGCAAGGCAACCUAGUUGCUGUGCCAAAGGGAAUUUGCAAUCAUUUAUAAAUAGAUUUUUAUUUUAGAAGUGUGAACAGAUACAUAUAUAAAAUCACAUUUGUAUAUUUUUAUAUCCAAGCAUACUUGGAGUUCACAUAUCUAUUUUCACAAAGGCAGCCAAUGCAGUCAUAAAGACAGAAAGGUUUCCUUAAACUGCCACUUUGGAAUAGAUUAUUGUCACGAAAAAUAUGGCUUAAAAUGUUAAAAGUAACUUGAUUAGAUCUGUGAACCUGGAGACUGACUUCUACAUCUUGUAAAGACUUAGUUAUAAGCAGAGCAGAGGGAAAUGUAAUAUUCAGAAGGGAGAGAAAGAGACAGAAGAUAAGCACAGUGCAAGAGCUAAUUAAGCAUUUGAUGUGCAACAGAUGUUCUGUACAGAACUAAUAUCCUAAAAGCAAUGGUAUUACAAGUGUUUCAUUAUGUAGCUUGAAUGCAGAUUUAAUUGCCUAUGUAAAACAGGGGCUAUAUAACUUCCAAAUUUAUAAUGUGGAUAGUGUAUUCCAAUUUUUAAUGCCUUUGAAAUCCUGUAACCACUACACAAUAAAAAUUUUUAAGUGUCAGAGCUUAAGAAAGAUUUUAUUCUCUAACGAGGAUGAUUUUAAAAACCUUCCUGUUUUCCUACCUUCCUUCCUUCUGGGUGUUAUAGCACUUCAAUCUGUUCAGGUUUUGGUACAGUGCCAAGAAGUAAUCAUGAGCUAAAGUUGUCCAUGUUUUGAGCUUCUCCUAUUUUUCUUAAUGGAAAUCACUCUGUUUAAUCACUCUGUUCGAUUGUCGCAUAAAAAAUUAUUCAGAGAAAAUGUAUUUCUUUAUAAAGAAAUAUACAAACACACAAGAUUAUUGAAAUAAAGAUAUUUUUCAAUGAUGUA